AUGUCUUCGGAGCAAGAUUAUCAAGAUCUUUUCGGUCCUCAAGCCAAGAGGGCCAAACGUGGUCGACAACAGCUGCAAACCGACAAGUCCGCAAAUGCCAUUCGAAUACGCGAUAAUCAACGACGUUCACGCGCCCGCCACAAGGAGUUUGUCGACGAGUUGCAGCGCAAGGUCCAGGACUACGAGAAGCGGGGGACCCAGGCCUCGUUGCAGAUGCAAAAGGCUGCUCGAGACGUCGCCUUUGAGAACUCACGAUUGGCGACCGAAAACACUCGUUUGCGCGCUCUGCUUGUUAGCAAGGGCGUAUCGAAUGGAGAGGUGGACGCACACUUGCGAUCGUUCGAUGACGAAGGCAGCAAAGGCUCGCCCACCGCGUCAAACACGACGACACUCGCUCCCAUUCUCAACACACCCAUUCUCCUCGAACCAUCACCGACCCAAUUGCCUCCGCUCCAGGAACACUUUGGCAAGGCGAGCUUUUCGUCCGAGACGGAAAACGAGCAUCUGGCAUCGAAGAGGAAAUUUGGAGACUCGCUGCUCCCGCCGGUGCUUACCCUUACUCCAACUCCCGAUGUCCAACAAUCCUCCCCGCUAGACAGGCUCGCCGUGCUCGCCGACGCUAGUCUUAAUCGCUCUUCCCAAACUGGCUCGGCAUCCAACACUGUCUCGGAACCAUCUAGGAGCCCUCAUCCCUAUCAUCGUCGGAGUGAGACACCUCCCCGUCCCUUGGAAUCCCAUAAGCAGCUCCCACCGGCUGCCUCGCCGCUAGAAAUGUCUUGCAAUGCUGCGGCACGUAUCAUUGCCGAUAUGCAAGGACAAAGUGACGAUCGGGCCACUCGAUUGGCUUUGGGCUGCGGCGCUCAGGAUGAAGAAUGUUUUGUUAGAAACACGUCUGUCUUCCGAAUGCUCGAUCAUCGAUGA